AUGUCGCAGGGAGACAAGGCGCGCGCGCUGGUGGAAAAGGCUGAGAAGAAGCUGGCCUCCUGGUCGCUCUUCGGAGGUGGGAGUAAGUACGAGGACGCGGCGGAGAUGUACACAAAGGCGGCCAACCUCUUCAAAGUUUCCAAGUGCUGGAACGACGCGGGCGCUUGCUUUGAAAAGACGGCGCAGUGCGCCCUCAAGAGCGACAGUCCGCACGAGGCGGCGACCGCCCACACUGACGCCGCCAACUGCUACAAGAAGACGGACGCGAAGGGCGCGCCUCCAACUUACAAGGAGGCAAUCGGGAUUCACAUCGACCUCGGCCGCUUCCCGACUGCGGCCAAGCUGCAAAAGGAGAUUGCGGAGCUGCACGAGGGGGAAGGCAACCUACCUUUGGCCAUGGAGGCGCGAAGCACACCCGCCUUCCAGACCGCCGCAGACUACUACCAGGGCGAAGAGAACACGGCGCAGGGCAACCA